UUUACAGUGAGGCGGUGGUUCUGCGGAUCUUGCGACACGUGCACUAUGUGCUGCUGGACUGUUAAGUGCCAAGCAUACAGUACCGUAUUUGGUAUACGUGCCCACUAGCCAUCAUUAAUAUCAGAUCAACAGCUGGGUUUGCUUUCAAGUUCCAGGUCUGAGUGCCGUUGCUAUAUUUCGAAGAACUAGAAGAUCAUCACAUUGGGGUCACCUGGAAUUUGUAGCGCGCCAUAUGCGGGGCAAGUUCCCCCAAGACCCCCCCUGGCUACGCCACUGCAGCCACUUCUGCUAUAGAUUGCAAAUACUAGGCAGUGGAUAUUGGAAGUCACCAUCAUGUGCUUGCUGUUCUCUGUCGUUUAAUACAUGUAAGAGCAACCUACUUUGAUACUAUGGCAACCUAGGUCUUAGAUGUCAGUAUGGCUGAAAAUGCUGCCAAAGCAAGUAAUGCCUUUGCAUCAGGUUUGUUCCGUAUGUUAGCUGGAAAAGGAAGUUCCCAGAACAUCUUCUUUUCUCCAAUGAGCAUCUCUACUGCACUUGCUAUGACCUUCUUGGGGGCACAGGGUGAGACGGCAAGCCAGAUGAAGCAAACACUGCACUUCCACUUGCUAGAAGAAUCCCUUCUUCAUCAGUCAUUUGCUGACUUGAGUGCUCUUAUUUAUCGUGCUAAUGCUCCCUACACCCUAAGGGCUGCAAACAGACUGUUUGGUCAUAAAGGUUUGGCUAUAGUGCCAGCGUUUGCUGAGGGCAGCAAGAAGCACUAUGGAGCAAACAUUGAGACACUUGAUUUCAUUGGUGAUGCCGAAGGUUCUCGUCAGCUCAUCAACUCCUGGGUGGAGAAACAAACUGAAAAUCGAAUAAAAGACUUACUGGCUGCAGGAUCUAUUGAUGCCCUGACUCGCCUUGUGCUUGUCAAUGCUAUCUAUUUCAAAGGAGAUUGGGUUUCCAAGUUUGAAGUGUCUGACACAUCUCCUGAAAAGUUUCACAUUUCGGCAAAUGAGGAUAUCAGUGUUCCCAUGAUGCACAAGGAUGGAAAGUUCAACUAUGCCCGUGAUGAUUCCGUAAGGAGUUCUAUCCUGGAACUUCCUUACAUCAAGAAGGAAGUAAGUAUGUUUAUUGUGCUUCCCGACCAGGUGAAUGGACUUGCUGAUGUUCAGAAGAAAUUGUCUCAGGAGAAAAUUGAGGAAUGGGUCACAGAAGCUCGCCGCAUGCGUGAUAGUCCUACUGUUAUUGUGUCACUUCCAAAAUUCUCUUUGGAGCAGAACUUUGUUCUUAAUGAUGUCUUGAGAGAAAUGGGUAUGGUUGAUCCAUUUCGUGCUGGCAAGGCUGACUUCUCAGGGAUGACAGGAGAUAAAGAUCUCUUCAUCUCUCAAGUUAUCCACAAGGCCUUCUUGGAUGUGAAUGAGGAAGGCAGUGAGGCGGCUGCAGCUACUGCUGUGGUAAUGGCACCCGGCUGUGCUCUAUCAAUGAUGAAGCCUCUUGAGUUCAAAGCAGACCAUCCUUUCUUAAUAUUCAUUUAUGACAAUAAAUCUCAAGCAGUUCUGUUUAUGGGGCAAUUAUGCAGACCAAAAGUGUAAACUUUUAGUGAAUGAGACAUGAGACACAUAUUGAUGUAGGAUGCAUCUUUGGUAUUGUAGGUUCAGGUCCCUUGAUUUGAAAUGAGACAAGGUUCAGAAAAACUAUUCAUUAUGAAAACUGGCCACAUACAUGUACAGUACAUGUACAUAUAACAGCCUUAUAUAACAGCCUUGUAUUAAAUGAAAAAAGUUCUUGAUGUUGAAUAUUACUCGGAUAUUGCAACCUUGGUUUCAGUAUUAAGAAUUUAUGUUUAACUUAGAUGAUUUAAAAUUUGAUAAAGGACUGACAUCUUUAGAUUUGUGUUUCUUUAAUUAUGUUAAACUUGCUAAGGUAUGUUUAAGGAACUUAAAAUUAAAGUAGAAAUUUCAAUUGGAAGUGAAUUAAAUACAACUUGAAAAUAUCAGACAUUCAAACACAGAACAUCCUUUUAAUUAAGCAUUUUCGCUUUGUACCCAUUUUAAGUUUGUCAAAGACCGAGAAUCAAAUGUUUGAAAUUAGAGCACCAUUAGAGCACCAUGCUUUACGAAAAAAGGGUUUUGAAAACACAUCCAGAAUACAUUGUAAAUAGAAAUAUAUAAAAAUAUCAUAGAAAAAAAAUUAACUUCAAAUGAAGUAACAAGUUAAAAGCAGGGAUUCAUGCACUUGAGAUAAAAAUUAUAUUGCAUGCACAGGUCUUUGCACACAUGACAGAUUAUUUUAGAUCACAAAAUAAUUCCUAAAUAAUGUAACAGUAAGGAAAUUUGAAAUAUUGAGUAAUAAUUGCUGUGCAGCAAG